AUCUUUUAUGUUGACACGAGAUGAGAAUCUGAUGGACAAAGUAUAUGCAACACGUUAAUAACGUUAUAUUCAAGAUAUAUAUGCUGAUUAACCAAGAAAUUUAACUCUGAAAAUCCGAUUACCCAAGCGCCUUCGACCGCAACCGGAAACUGCAUCACCCUACCACUUGUUUCCACUAGGGUUAUCUUAUGUUUAUAGAAACUAUUCUGUUUAUGAAUUCUUUUAUAAACAACGAUAGCCAAGUAAAAAUCGUAUAUCGAAUAUCAAAAUAACGAAAAAUAAACAAAGGAAUUUUGGUUCGAGUUAGAAAUAAUAAAAAAAGGUCCUUCGCUACUUUCUAUCUAGGUCAAAUUUUUAUUAGGGGUCAAAAUUGCCGUGCUGCAGGCGCUUCGGUGGUUGACCGUUCGAAAAUCAACGAAUCAGGGCUCAGCUGGUACGAAACUCGUGUCCCUAAUUCGUCGAGAACGAAACAAUGCGAUAAUGUAAACACUUUUUGAAGUGGAAGAACUCGGACUCUUCUUUCGCUGACACAUUCUUUAACGUAUCGUCGCGAGUAAGAGGUGCCAUUUCAGUUCAGUUUUACUGGAGAACAGAAGGGAAAAUCUACGAUAUUAUUUCGAUAUACUUACAAUGAGUUUAUUUACUGAUAUUAAGAAGAGGACUCAAAUACCUUGUAGCGAUGAAAAUCCAUUGUUUGUACUUCAACAAGAUUAUAUUAAUAGAAACCAAAGAAUAAGGAAGCACAGGACUCCAAAAAAUGUAAAUUUAUAUGGUAACAGUGAUGAUGGUAAUUAUAAUGGAAGCUGUGAUGAUUUAUCUCAACAGCAGUAUUGCCUUCCUGAAAAUGAAAUUGCAUCCUCUAUUAGAGAAGCAACAGGUGGGAUUGAUUAUUCAAAUGAAAAGCUUGAAGAACAAUGGAGAAUUAGACAAACAGAAGCUAAUUUAAAAUCUCACGAUACUAUUUCAAAUAAAAGCUCGUCUUCAAUUAAUAAUAAUUAUGGUUAUAACAAUUCAAAUGUAGAAAGUGGUACUGACUCAUCUCUAUCAGAGAUUAAGACUGUUGAAAGAAAGCAGACUGAAGUCGAAGAGACUAUUUUAAAGAAAUGUAGGCUCAAUAAAAAUGCAGCAAUUAGAGGACUUUUAAAAAAUCAUAUGAUCUCAACAAAAGAUUUACAAAUGCCAGUUGGUUCUACAGAUGUAGGAUAUAAAAAUAAUAUAGAUGUACAGAACACAGAUGUUUUUCCAUCAAGUAAUUUAAGUGAGGACACUUGUAUGAAAUUAGUUCCAUAUGAAGAAGAUCCAGAUAUUUUUAUGCAACCUAUACAAGCAUAUGGGGGCAUAGAUGAAAACAAAUAUCAAGAUAUUGACUUUUCUGUACCACAUGUGGGUAAAAAGACCAUAGUUACGCCGCUGCAAUUUUUUCUUAGCAUAGACGAUUCUGAUUUUGAUUUUGUUAAAAAAGAUACAAAGAAAAAGAAAUAACAGUAACUU